AGCAGACAUGGAGACUGAGGGUGACCCCGUGUGGCAAACGUCGUCAUUGCGCAGAUUCAGUUUGAACCAAAAGCGGAGUGACCUUCCUCGAGAGGAGCAGUACUGAAGCAAUAAACUAGUGACAGCACACCCGUUCCCUGCACUAGCCAUAGAAAUGAACAGCAAUUUAGCCGGAGAUGAAGUUGGGAAACUGUUUGUGGGUGGCUUGGACUGGAGUACAACACAGGAAACUUUGAGAAACUAUUUCUCGCAGUAUGGGGAAGUAGUUGAUUGUGUCAUCAUGAAGGACAAAACCACAAAUCAGUCGCGGGGCUUUGGUUUUGUCAAAUUCAAAGACCCCAACUGUGUCCGGACUGUACUGGAGACCAAGCCCCAUAAUCUUGAUGGCAGAAAUAUUGAUCCCAAGCCAUGUACUCCCAGAGGAAUGCAACCUGAAAAAGUGCGAACGAAGGACGGCUGGGGCAGCAAAGCUGACAGCAAUAAAUCAAAGAAGAUAUUUGUCGGCGGCAUCCCCCAUAACUGCGGUGAACCUGAACUCCGGGACUAUUUCAAUAGAUUUGGAGUGGUCACAGAGGUGGUAAUGAUCUAUGACGCGGAGAAACAGAGGCCCCGAGGUUUUGGAUUUAUUACUUUCGAGGCCGAACAAUCAGUGGACCAGGCUGUCAACAUGCAUUUUCACGACAUCAUGGGCAAAAAAGUGGAAGUGAAAAAGGCUGAACCUCGGGACAGCAAAGCUCCUGGCCAGCUUGAACCUAACCAAUGGGGACCCAGAGGCAUCCUGAGUGCAGCCAAUGGUUGGUCGGCACAGCCUGCCCAGGGCUGGCAGCAGAGUUAUGGGCCUCCGGGAGUUUGGGUGUCUACAGGCCAGCCCAUUGGUGGGUACGGGCCCCCUUUAUCUGUGGGCCGUGGGGCUCCCGUCCAACCCCCCUCACCGUUCAACGCAUUCCUCGUCACAACGACCCCACCGGGGGGGUUUGGUGCACCUCAGGCCUACGCGCAACAGGGAUACAGCACACCACCUCAGUUCGGGUACAGUUUUGGCACACCUCAAGGUGAGCAGUAUGCCCCACAAGGAGUGCCGCCCCCGCCCACGACUCCGGUAACAGGGCCGCUAGGGUUUGUUCCAGCUACAACACCUUCUCAGGACAUCAGCAAAGCACCCACGGGACAGCCAGACUUCCCUUACAGCCAGUAUGGCCUGAGUAUCUACCCUCAGGAGCCCUCUUCCUACGGACCAACGCGUCCUUCUCACAGUAAUGGUCAGGAUGUGCAGGGAGGAAGUAGUGCAGGUUAUGGUCAGGACCUGAGUGGGUUUGGCCAUACUUUCGCAGAUCCCAGCCAGCAGACCGCUUCAUAUGGGGCACCAACAGCACAACCGGCAGCUGGACCCCAGCCUACAGCAGCCGCUUUUGCUCGAGGACAGAAUCACAACGUAACGGGCUUCCAUCCAUACCGGCGCUGAGCGUCUCCGACCGCCACAGCGCUCAGUUCUAAAGUCAGGGAAAUGUGUUCUGGUCAUGAGCAAAACUGGAUUUCUGUAUUUGUUUUUUGGAACACAAAUUGACACAAUUUGGGAAAAAAGUGAACUCUCAUAAAACCAGGGAUUCCAAUUACUUCUGUUACAAUGUCACAUGAUGUAAGACUUUUGCAUAACCUUGCUUUCAAAUGUUGAAAUGAAAGGAACUUUGUUUCUCCCCACAUGUUUUAAAGUAGGACUUUACUACUUUGCAAUAGGUUUUGAUUGUCUGGUCAAACACUAGCACAGAUAAUAAAUAUAUAUUAUAUAUUUAUAUAAUAUAUAUGUGUGUAUAUAGAGAGAGAGAGAGACAUAUGUAUAUUUAUGCCGGGUACAGAAAUGAAAACAGGGUCUAAAGUUCUCAGCUUUAAAUUCUAGGGAAAAUGUUUUUAAUUUGGUGGAUUGUGUUUAUUUUCUGAGUCUUUAUUUUAAAGUUUGGAAAAUAUGAAUAUAUAUUAUACACAAACUGCAAUUUUUUUAAAGAGAAUUUUGUACGAAAAAUGUACACUUUGCUUGUAUUUUUAUUUAAAGAUGUAGACUUCCCUCAGGUGGCUGUUUUUUGAGUGCAUUUUGCACUUAUGCAAAAAGAAAGGAAUUUAUUUCAAAUAAAUGUUUUAAAGUUA